CCUGCAUUUUGAUACAGAGGGGCUGUCAAGAGGCCACCAUUCUUUUUCUGGGUUUCUUCCCAAAGCUGGCUUUACGCAUGGCAUGAUGCACGAAAAGGUUACACGACGAACCUGCGAGGGAGGGCUCCAGUUGAGAUCAUCAAUCGGCUCGUGGUUGGACAAGCAAGGUGCAUGCAAGUGCCUUGCCUCUCGUGGUAAAUUGCUUUGCUUAGCUUGCCUCUUCUUCACCAGAUCCCUGAGUAACGUAGGUUCGAAUCCUGCUCCCUCCACCUCCUCCCCGCGUACCGUGGCAAGGAUAACCCGGCUGGCUAUCGACAACAACCACCCGCCUGUGCCGUCGAGCCCACACUUGUUGGGAACUUCGUCUCCAUGGCUACAAACGACCGACAGCUCCGCUGUUUGGACACAGGCCCCUCUCGAUGAAGAGCCGUCAACUGCCGUCAGACGAACCCUCCGUGCGCCUGAAGGCACGGGGUCGCGUCAGUGAACAAACCUGUAAGCAGGGCCGGGCACGAACCCGGUCAGGCUCGAUUCGCUUCUAUGCCCUUGUUUUCCGCUGUGUAAAUAGAGAAAAUAGAAAGCGCGCCGAGAUACCCCUCGGGAGGUUGCUAACGGCCGGCUAAUGAGCCGGGCCGAGCCCGGCGUCAAAUAAUACUACUACUACUACUUCACCA